CCUUGCUGUGGAAGACCCGGCCCUUGCCGGCCCGUCUGUAUCCUUGAAGUGACUAACUCAAAACAGAUUUUUGUUGAAUUCCAACACAAAAUACCACAGACUUGGCCGCACGCCCCGGACACGGUACGCACGUAGUUUUUCCAACUUGAUGUUCAUCAAGCAGUUGACCGUAGUUUGUCAAAAUAAAGUCGCCUCCCGAAAACGUUGACUAUUUCCUCGCUUACACUUGUGUGAGUACCACGUUCGCUUUUUCAUGUUCGUUUCUUCCGAUGGAAAAAUGGGCGCUCACCAGUUCAGGAAACUGCUUUUACUUUCACUUGUGGGACAAGCGAUGAUUCUUGGGUGCACGGCGGCAGGGAGUGAUGCUUCCGGCGAGGUAUCUCCAGACACCUCUAAGGCAGAGGAGGUGGUGAUAGAGGUCACACCCACGAAGGAAACUACUGAACAACAAGACACCGUUCCUUCCGCUUCUAGUAACAAAGCAGAUUCAUCGGACGACAAGCCCCGACCGGAUUUACAGAAGGUUCCGACGACGAUUGCCAGGCCGGAGCAACCGUGUGCCUCUUCAGUGACUUCAAGAAAUCGCCAAGAUGCUGACGACAGUGAAGCAAACUCGAAGGGAGAGAAUAACGGUGCUUUAAUUAAGAAGGAGCAGCAACACAGUAGAAGCUCUGACCCAAGUUUCUUGGCCACUAACGGCAAGUCGCCGAUGUAUGCACCUCCCCCCCUUCCAUCGUCAUUCGAAGUCAUGCAGUCGGUUCUAGAAAGUCUCUUGCAACCGUUCCCGUUCCCAUUCUUAUACUUCAUCGUCCCACUGGAUGUAGAGAAGAAAACAUCUAGCGCACGACACCGGAAAUCGGAUCACCAUGCUAAUGAAGAAACGCUCUCCGAAGAUGAAAAAGCGGCGGGACAGCCACAGAAACAAGCGCUAGAACAUGAUGAGAACGAGGCUAGCCUCCCAGUAGCCCAAGAGUCCGCCCAUGCUUCACAGCAGUCACAUGCAACAACGUCCCCCUCUUCCGAGGGACCCAACAGAGGAAAAGACGAAAAACGCAGUUCGCGCAUCUCCAGCAAGCGUGGUUCUGGCUCUUCGUCUCCGUCGAGGUACUCAUCGUUUCCGUAUUAUCGAAGUGACAUCUAUGAUCCCGUAAGAGAGUACCUAAUGGACUCCAUGGCCUCUCCGUACUACAAUAGAAACGGUUUCUUGCCCCUUCCAUACUACCCUUACUUACCACUUGCUCCGACACCCUAUGAAGUUGCGGAUGCCAUCACAUCUAGGUAUUUUGGUGGAGAAAACAGGCGUUCCAGCGACCGAGACCUCCAGGACAAACGUGAUUAUGAAUAUUUGCCCUCCAUCCACACUGGGGAUCACAACGGACUUCACCAACGACCGUCCAGGCAUGAGUACGAACACCGUCAAUAUGGCAGUCGAUACAACCACGGAAUGGAUCGAUUCUUUUAUUGAAUGACCAGAGCGAAAGAUGAUUUGUUCAUUCCGGUUUUUGAUUAUGCAAAAGAUGAAAACGAACUGGAGGCCCUCAAUUUAUCGCGAAUGCGAAAGCUUGGUACGGGACACUCUGAAGUGUGCUAAUUCGGCGAGUCACGAUCAGUUUCUCCGCUGUAUACAUAAUCAAUAUGUCAUUGGCUCAUGCGUUUGCUCCUGGCGUAACUUUGUCCUUGUGCUUGUUGUGACGGGGAAGCCCACCUAGACAACUGGCAGUGAAGCGCCAUGCUGUUCCGACUUCGGAACUCCAUUUUGCUCAUUCUCAAUGGUAACGUCGACUAGCUGAAAGUUUCAGAACAAGUGUCAUACGAGAAUGACUGGAAAAUCGAAUACCAGGGCACUGGAACUACAGCGGGUAUCAACUGCACGCGCAACUAGUUGCAUCUCCUGUUCCUCCGAGUGAUGGACGUCCCAGAUGCGUCCGUCCGAUUCUUUUUAGACACAUCUACGCACUUCGUUAUGCGGAUGAAACUUAGUAGGGAAGGUAGACUUUUGUAUCCUGUAAACGUACACCAAA